CUCCGCCGACACUCUGCGUAAACACACUUCAUCAAUUGCACCUCACCGCAACUCGCGCAAUGCGCGCCAACAGCAGCAACACCUCAACACAAUCACCACUACCGCCUUCACCAUGUUAACAUCACGAAUACUGCCCCCGUUGCGGCACCACACCCCGCAAUUGGCACAACUCCGCCAAACCACCACCAGAUUUCCCGCAAACACCACAACAGCGACCACCACCUCACCACUCUUCCGCCCUCUCGCCCGUCGCUCAUUCCACGCAACCGCACCCCAGAACAGCGCCCUCGACGCAUGGCUAUACCUCCCGCACGAGCUCCUCCAAACCCUCCACGUCGCACUGCCCUGGUACGCCGCGAUCCCAGUGUCCGCGUUCCUGGUCCGCGGGCUCCUCGUCACGACGCUGGGCUCGCGGUCGCGGUCCCUGACGUCGCGGUACGUGGCGCUGCACCCUCUGCGACAGGCCAUCGGCGUCAAGGUGCGGGACCAGAUGCUGCGGAAGGGCGGGAUGCGGGGGCCGCGGGAGGCCAAGGUCGCGGUGAUGAAGGCGAUACGGCGGGAGACGGGCGCGCUGGAUCGGCGCUGGAGGUGUACGCUGCUCGGGUCGUUCGGGUGGACGCUGCUGCAGUUGCCGCUGUGGUUUACGAUGACGGAGGUUGUGAGGAGGAUGGGCGGGUUUAGGGAUGGCUUGUUGAGGAUGGGGAUGAAUGCUUUGGGGCUUGCGGGGGAGAACAGCGCUGGUGGUGAUGCUGCUACGGCGGCGGCGGCGGCGGAGCUGGCGGGGAGUUCGUAUCCGAGGGAUAUCGUGGCGAACCCUUGGUUCGAUGCCACGCUGGGACAUGAGGGCAUGCUGUGGUUUCCGAGUCUGCUAGACGCGGACCCCCUCGGCGCGCUGUCGUACGUCGUGUCGGCGCUCAUGUUUGCGAACGUGUACGUGACGAAGAACACGGCUGGGAGCGUGGGCACAGAACCCACUCGCUUUCAGCGCAUGCUGAGGAGGACGCUGUUGGGUGUCUCGCUGGCCAUAGGUCCGUUGUGUACGGACCUCCCCGCGGGAUUGCUGCUGUACUGGGCUUCGAGCACAAUGUCCGUCAUUGCGUGGAACCAGUAUCUCGACUGGAAGUUCCCGGUCGUAAGGAACUUUGGUGCGUGCAAGAGGCCGUUGCUGUUGAUGCCGCCGCCUAAGAUCAGAUCGGGGGGACGGAGCCCUGCCACCUAAGAAAUCUUGAAUGAAAACAAAGUAAAAGAAAGAAAGGACAAGCCGCCUUGUUGUACAGAUAAUUGUAGAUAUACAUCACCCGCCAUCGUCUCACCCAGGUGCCAAAUCUGCCCACCGCAGAAAGGGGGGAAUAAGACAUAAAGUAGAAACAAAAUAUAAACAUAC